UUGGCAAAUGUAUCCCUCCCAUUCAUUUCAAAACUCCGAAUCUAACUACAGUAUCUGUAAUAUUUCAACAUCUCAUCCACCCGGAUUUAGUCAUCCCUUCUUUGAGGAUAAUUAUGUUAGCUUGGAGGAUUUAGAAAAUCAGAUUGAUAAGAAAACCCUCUUAUAUUUUUCUAAUACUUCAUACAACAUUAAUAAUGAGUUAAUGAUUGAUAGCAACACAAGUUUGGAAAACAAUAAUGAAAAGAAUUAUGAACCUAUCAAGAAGGAAAGGCCAACUGAUUGUGUUGUUUGUGCCAGACCAGCCAAAUGUUGCUAUUUUGAUGUUCCAAGUUGUUUAGGUUGCCGUUCAUUCUUUCGCCGAUCCGUUCUGAAACAACACUCGUACAGUUGCAAAAACAAUGGAAAUUGCCAAAUUGGAAAAGGAGAGCUUUGCCGUUCAUGUCGUUUUGACCGUUGUAUUCUUGGUGGAAUGGACUUUCGAACCAUACAAAAAUUUCCAGACGGAUUUAGUGUAGAUAAAGUUUCUGCAUUAUUAACUGAGAAAAAGCGUCAACUUUCUGAAAAAGCUUCAGUAAAAGUUUUUUCUGGUCUAGAAAGAUCUGAAGUUGAAGUAUUACAACUCUUGAUGUACUUUGACAAUAAUUUUUUGCAUAUUCGUUACUCCGAGACAGAUAUUCAUACAUCAAUCUAUUUUGAUAAAAGUAUGUCUGAUUUAAUAAAUAAUGAUGGAGGAGGAUUAACUUAUUCCAUUUUGGCAAGAUCUGAUCAGUUUUCGAAGCAUAGGAGAGUGGCUAAUAAUUAUAACUUCUACCAACAACGAUUGAGUGAAGGUGAUUAUAGUAUCUUAUCUCCAAAUUGGCUUUACAUUGACUCAUUUUUAAUUAUUGAAAUGACAAAAACGAUGCCAGUAUUACAGCAACUCUCAUUUGAAGACAAAAUUCGACUUUAUUCUCGAAAUGGAAUGGCAACAGUUGUUUUUAGUGCUUUAUUUUACAGUAAAAACCUUCAAGGAAGCGAUAUCUUUAUAUUUCCUAAUGGAUUUAGUCCUUUACUGAUAGCUUCGGAUGAAAAACUUUUUUAUUUUCUAUUCUACAAGCACAUGAUCAAAAUGAAAGAAAUUAAUCUGAGCCGAGAAGAAUUUUUGAUUCUUAGGACUUUAAUUUUUCUUCACACGGCUACAUCAGAAUUGUCAAGGAGCGGAUAUGAAAUAGUACAAACCGAAAUUGAAAAGCUUUCCAGAGCUUUAAUGUUCUACGAACGUAGCAAAUGGGGUGAUACUGGCGGGGCAAUGAGAUUUACUAAUUUAAUGUUGACCUUAAGUGCAGCAUUUCAAAUGAGCAAGGCUCAUCAAAAAUUUCUCAUGCGUGUUGUGGAGUGUGAUACGAUACCGAACUUUAUGAAUAACAUAAUUUUUGGAAAUUGCAAUUACUGA